AUGCCAAAUGUCUUCCAGAACCUCAUUUCUUCAAAACGCGUCUACCGGGAGCUGAGGAUGCUUUGUCAUUUCAAACAUGAAAAUAUUCUCUCUGCGUUGGAUAUAUUACAGCCACCCCAUAUAGACUUCUUCCAUGAAAUAUAUGUGGUAACAGAAUUAAUGCAAAGCGAUCUUCAUAAAAUCAUUGUUUCCCCACAGCCACUAACAACAGAUCAUGUUAAAGUGUUUCUUUACCAAAUACUCAGAGGUUUACGUUAUCUCCACAUGGCAAGAGUCAUACAUCGAGAUAUAAAACCUGGAAACUUACUUGUAAAUAGCAAUUGUGUUUUGAAGAUCUGUGACUUUGGUUUAGCACGAGUUGAAGAACCUGAUGAGGAAACGCACAUGACCCAAGAAGUGGUCACCCAGUACUACCGUGCUCCUGAGAUAUUAAUGGGGGCAAAACAUUAUACCUCUGCUGUCGACAUCUGGUCUGUCGGUUGCAUUUUCGCUGAGUUACUUGGGAGGAGGAUUCUCUUUCAGGCUCAGAGUCCAAUUCAACAGCUUGAUCUCAUAACAGAUCUCCUUGGUACUCCCAACCUGGAGGAUAUGCGAACUGCUUGUGAGGGUGCCAAAGCCCAUAUACUUCGCCAGCCACACAAACCAAAUUCUUUCACUGUCUUAUACUCACUGUCCAAUCAGGCUACACAUGAAGCUAUUCACUUGGUCUCCCGGAUGCUUGUAUUUAACCCAGAUAAACGAAUAUCAGCUAGUGAUGCUUUGUCUCAUCCAUACAUCGAUGAAGGCCGUUUGCGAUAUCAUUCCUGCAUGUGCAAAUGUUGCCACAAUGGCCCCUCCACACGCCAAUACACCACAGAGUUUGAGCCAUCUUGUCACCAACCUUUCAGCUAUGAUUUUGAGGAUGACUUGACAUCAGUACAGAAAGUUAAAGAAAAACUGCAUAAAUUCAUAGUGGAGCAGCAGCAAAGGAAUAAACGGAUUCCACUAUGUUUGAAUCCAAACUCGGUAGCCUUCAAGACCUUUGCUAGACACAGUACAACGCAAAAGAGAGCUGCUUCCUGCAUUUUACCGAUUAGCACCAGUCUUCUUCAUCCAAUAACAUCAAGUCUCCAGCCCACCAGAGACACCUCAAUACACUGGCCGCUUAACCACUUUGAAAUGGUGCAAACCUGUUAUGAAGUGCACCAACUUGGGUUUCUGGCACCAUGUUUUAAUGGUGAGUGCUGA